CUGAAGCACCGCAGUGAAAUUACAUCGUCGGCGACCAAAUCGCUAAUUGGAUCCUUUCAACGAAGGGAAGCUCUGGGGGGUUUUAGGCUGAUAAUAAUGGAGUGGGGCCCACCGCAGCCAAUCCAAGUUGUGAGACCAAUAUAUUAGCAAAAGCCAGCUGGGCUCCUGCCUGCCGCUCUCAUUCUCGUAUCCUCUCUUUCAUCGUUGGGAGAGAACUGAAGGCCUUGUGGCAAGAUCUGAUUUAUUUCGCUUCCCUCUUUACAGGGGAGAGGGACACAGUGGUUGAACUGUAAUCUUCAAGUUAUAAUCUUUUUGUUUCGUUUGCUUAGAGAGAGUGAUAGUGAGAGGUAUAGCGACCCCAGGGGAGGAGCACCAGAUAUUUGAGAUCUGCCAUUUUGGGUUUCAGUUCAGGCUUGACUUGAGAUCGUAAAAUUCUAAAUUUUUCUAUCCAAGGGACCAAUUGAGGAAUGCCAAGAAGAUGGGGAGGAAGGGGAAUUGGUUUUCUAGUGUGAAGAAAGCUCUCAGUCCUGAGUCAAAGAAGAGGGAAGACGAGAGAUCAAAUAAAUCAAAGAAGAAAUGGUUUGGGAAGCAAAAAUUGCAGACUUCAGACUCAUACUUGGAAACUGAUAAAGCACUAUCUCUUUCACCACCAGAAGAGGUCAAAUUAACUAAUAUUGAGAAUGAAAACAAUCAUGCUCCUGAUGCUGAUGUUGAAGUUGAAGUUACAAAUGCUGUAGAUACUGAGGAACCUGUUCCUGCAGUUCAAACAGCCCCUGUUCCAGUUCAAGCUUCUAUAAUUCCUCUGCCUUCUAGGAAAUUGAGUGCUGAAGUAGCAGCAAUGAAGAUUCAAACAGCUUUUCGAGGAUACAUGGCAAGAAGAGCAUUGAGGGCUUUAAGAGGCCUGGUUAGGUUGAAAUCUUUGAUGGAAGGGCCAGCUGUAAAACGCCAAGCCACUAGUACUCUUCGCUCUAUGCAGACUCUAGCUCGUUUGCAAGCUCAGAUACGAACCAGGAGGAUCAGAAUGUUAGAGGAGAAUCAAGCUCUUCAGAGACAGUUCUUACAGAAGCAUGCAAAAGAGCUUAGCCUUCAGAUGGGAGAUGAAUGGGAUGAUAGCCUCCAAUCAAAGGAACAAAUUGAAGCCAAGUUGCUGAGCAAGUACGAGGCUACAGUGAGGAGAGAAAGAGCAUUGGCUUAUGCAUUCUCUCACCAGCAAAAUGGAAAGAAUUCAACUAGAUCUAUAAACCCAGUUUUUAUGGAUCCAACUAAUCCGGCAUGGGGUUGGAGCUGGCUGGAGCGAUGGAUGGCAGCCCGGCCCUGGGAAAGCAAAGAUGUGAAUGACCAGUCAUCGGUCAAAAGCUCGACCCGCAGCAUAACUGGCGGAGAGAUCAGUAAAUCCUAUGCUCGAUACCAGCUCAACUCUGAAAAGCACUCUCCAACAGCCAGCCAAAACCUAGGCUCCCCGAGCUUUCAUUCCCACUCAACUCCUUCCAAGGCACUUGUUUCUUCAGCCUCAGUUAUCAAGAAACUGAAAAAAGUGAGCCCCAAGGUCACCUCAGUUAUUGAUGAUGACACCAAAAGCAUGGUCAGUGUGCAGUCUGGUUUUCGGAGGCACUCCAUCGCUGGAUCAUCUGUGGGAGACGACGAGAGCCUUGCAAGCUUUCAGGCUGUUCCAAGCUACAUGGUGCCAACUCAGUCUGCAAAAGCCAAGUCCAAGCCGCUCAGUCCAUUAACUGUAGAGAAUGACACAGUAGAGAAGGGAUCCUCUGGGACAGUGAAGAAACGGCUUUCCUUCCCUCCUUCACCGGCAAGGCCGAGACGGCAUUCAGGUCCACCAAAGGUAGAAAGCAGCUUCAAUGCAGAGGUCACCGUCGGUAAUAGUGUGGCUGAUUGAUCAUGAGGAAAAGAGGUGGAGCGUAAGACUUGAAAGUGCUGCUAAAAGAGGAUCAUGGAAGAAAUAACUCAUAAGACGAACAAGUUCAAUCUCAAUUGGGUGUUCAUUUAUUUAUUUUAUUACUUUAUUGUAAUCAUCUGUGUCUUAUUGCUGUGGAAUGUAUGUAUUUGGGAUGGAAAUUGAAAUUUAUUUUACUGAAGGGGAGGAAAGCUUAUUGAUGUCAUUGUGGCAGGAGAAUGGGCCAAGUCCUUUUGGAUCUUCAUUAAGGACGAUUAAUAUACUGCUUAAAUUUGUUGAUUCCUCAUUUAUUACAUGAAGUGUAUAUUAGGC